UGUCUCUGUGGGUUUCUUAGUCUGAAUGUCGUUCUAUAUCUGUGGGUUUCUCUAUGUGUGAUGUGAUGUCCCUAUGUGUGUAAAUAUGUGUUUUCGUGUUGCUAUGUGUCUCUGUGUCUCUGCUUGUCGUUAUGUGCCUCGAUGACUCGCUGUCUGUCUCUCUUGGGUCCGGAUGGGCAUUUUUUUGGCCAUGAACAAUGUGGCCGCUGCUGGGAUCCGCUGACAUGCCUGACCAGGGCCGCUCUGUUCUCUGAGCUCACAUGCUUUUUGUGGCUCUAGUCUACCGCUCUGAGCAGCGCCUCCCAAAAAAGCACUGUGCAUCACGGUCCAACGCUUUGUUGCACCCCACUGAUCCCUCUCUUAAGACCUCUGCAGCAGCUGGAGAGAUUAGAAGAGAGGAGAACAGGACACACACUCAACACACACAUCACCGACACAGACACCCCAGCUAGGCCCCUUGCACACACCACUGGUACUGUUCUCACUGAAGCAGUAGAGGACAAAAAGAACUGGCUGAGACUGAACUUGACUAGACCCACACCUCCAGAAAGACUCCAGAAACCUAUCCCAGAAAGAUCCCAUCCUGAUCGGACUCGUACGGCACACAGAGCCCCAUCUACCUGGAGCUCAGCCAAGGGGCCAACCUCUUCAGCAAUGAACGGUUUUGGGUACCGUCGGGAGUUGAGUAAGUAUGAGGAUGUGGAUGAGGAUGAACUACUGGCUUCUCUCAGCCCAGAGGAGCUAGCAGAGCUGGAGAUGGAGCUGGCAGACAUAGACCCUGAUGCCAACGUGCCCAUCGGUCUGAGACAGAGGGACCAGACGGAGAAGACCCCCACUGGCACCUUCAGUAGAGACUCUCUGUUGAAGUACUGGGAGAAGGAGACGAAGAGGAUACUGGAGGAUGAGAGAGGGGAAGCCAGCAGUCCCAAACAGGAUGACGAUGACGAUGCCGAAAAGAGCGAGGAAGAAUGUGUGACAGAAAGCAACAGCGAAGCAGAGGAGGAUGACGAGAACAAGAAAGAAAAUAAAGAUUAUGAAGAGGAAGAGGAGGAGGAGGAGGAGGAGGAGGAGAGUGAGGAAGAGGAAGCUGAAACAGAGGAUGAGGAGGAUAAAGAGGAGCCAGAAGAGGAAAGGCCUGAAGCAGCGCACCCAAAGGAUCCUGGUCCUCCAUCACCGCUGUCAGUCGUCAUCUCCUCCCCUAGCCUCCUGAGACUCCCAAGGGUGCAGCCUAUGAGACUAACCCCGCCCCCACCUCCGCUUGACCCCAACGCCGAUGGCAACCCAACAGUUGUCGACGAGGCCCUGGAAAAAGUCCUUAAUAAUGACCCUGAGCUCAAAGAGGUCAACCUCAACAACAUCGAGGACAUCUCACAGGACACUCUAAUCCAGUUCGCUGAGGCACUGCGCUCCAACACACACGUGCGUGUCUUUAGCCUGGCCAACACGCAUGCUGAUGACCCCGUGGCGCUGGCCAUUGCCAAGACGCUGUGCGAAAACACCUCCAUCGUCAGCGUGAACAUCGAGUCCAACUAUGUGACAGGGAAAGGGGUUCUGGCUAUGGUUCAGGCUCUGCCUAGCAAUAGCACCCUGACUGAGCUACGCUUCCACAACCAGAGACACAUGUGUGGAGGACAGGUGGAGAUGGAGAUGGUGAAGGUUCUGAGGGAGAACCACGCCCUGAUCAAGCUGGGUUACCAGUUCCACCUUCCAGGCCCCCGGAUGAGCAUGACAGGCAUCCUGACCCGUAACAUGGACCGUCAGAGACAGAAACGCCUGCAGGAGCAGAGACAGAACCAGCAGGCGGGGCCAGAGGGGCCCGUUAACCCCCGUACCACUGCUCUGUUGAAGGCCACUCCGGGUUCUUCGCCCUACGGUUCCCCGCGGGUGUCUCCUUGGCAAUCCCCCAAACUCCCCAAAAAGACCCCUCCUGCUCCCCCGCCACCUCCCCCACCUCCUCCCCCACCCCCUUCAAUGCCCUGCCAGCCCCCGGCAGAGAAGAAGAAGCCGACUAGGAAGAUAGCGGAGGUGAUCAGGCUCCACGAGAUGGUUGUUAAGAAGCAAGGGAAAGGGAAGGGGAAGAAGGGGAAGAAAGGACUGAAAGAGACCAACAGUAUCUUGAAGGAGCUGAAGAACGCUCUGCGGCCAGUGGCAGAGACCAGAGACCAGGAGCACAGCAGGCCACCCACUCCACUGCGCUCCUCACACGACCAGCUCAUGGACUCCAUCCGCAAUGCCAGUGUCCGCUCCCUCAGAAAGGUGGAAGUUCCACAGAGGAAGUUUGUCUUUGUCCCUGAUGAAGAGACUAGCUGAUCUGAAGACACAGGGAACCCCCUGAGACUACUGAGGACACAAACAAUACGUUCAGAUUGAACUGGACUUUUCCUCAGAGAAGAUACUGGAAAUUACCACUGCAAUAACACCUUUACUAUUGGAGAAAAAAAUAAAUAUGAAAUUCAUAUCUUUUUUAAAUGUAUUUAUGCUGGAUGCUUUUGGUUGUCUACAUUUUUGUGAUGAUAAAUGUAUACAUUGUUGUCUAAAUUGUUUACUGAGGUAACCUGUUUUUGUAUAAUUGUAAAUAUUGUAUUUGGUGUGUGAGGAAUAUACUCUAUGAAUUGAACAUGAAGGUAAAAUUCACAACACAAUGAAGUGUUAUGGUAUUUUAUUGCUGAUUAAACCAUGGUACAGUUGAAAAGGUA